UUUAUGAGGAAGUUAGAUAGGACCUACAUGAUAGACCCUGUUGAGGUAGAAUGCUGAAUAGGUGAGUGUCCUUACUUUUCUUUUGACAGGAAGCUUGAAAAGAGAGGUCUGUCAAGAUGCCUGAGAGUGGCGGUGUAUCGGAUGACGCCAGAAAGGUCCUGACGCUUGAGGACCUUAUUGCGGUCAUUGACUGGCAUGAGAAGACUUCAAGCAAUGUCCCAAAGGUUGAUACCUUUCAUUUCAAUGGAGAAAGAGUUUCGGACUGGUUGGAUCUGCUGGAGCAGGCAAUGGUAGGUUGGUCCGAUGCGGUGAAGUUCCAGCAAAUUCUGAGAUACGUGCUUCAUGGGCAUCAUCAAGAAGUGGGGAAGGUUGUGGAUGCCGCCCACGGUAGCUGGGCUAGGUUCAGAGAGGGCAUGCAGCGCAAGUAUCGGUUGGGAGAUGGGUUGCUGACCACCACGGACCUCGAGGCAAUGAAUAAAGAUAUCUUCACUACGAUAGGGGCCUUUGUGCAGGAAUUCAAGAAAAGGGCGAGGAAGGUUCACGGGAUCUCGGAGGAGGCGCAAUAUGUCAUCUUUUUGGGGCUACUUACUGCAUCAGAGGCCUCUGAGUUGACGAGUCAUGGAGGAGGCAGUGUCAAGCUCACCUGGGUCACCAUUGACAAAGGGGUGGAGGAUGGAAGCCUGGACCAGGUGGAGCAGCACCAGGUGCGCCUACAAAGGCAGAAGAGGAAUGAAAGGGAUGCUAUGGCAUCCGGGACACCGGAGCCCAGGCCCAGCCUAUUGGCCCGCUGCCAUCGCCCGCUCCCAGUUCACAAGGGAGCGUGGCUGGAGGUGGGAACCAGGGCCAGGGCAAUUAAGGCAAUGGAGGAAGGGGUGGUGGAAGAGGAAGAGGUAGGAAUGGUGGCGGUCGAGGGGGACAAUGGAAUGGCCAAGGCCAGGGGAAUCAAGGAGGUCAAUGGGGCAAUCAAGGAAACCAAGGCGAGACAGGCACAAGCGGCACAGACGCGAGGAAAGGUCAAGGCUAGUGCGAGUCAAGAACCUCCUCGACAAGAGUCUGAGCCAGGGAAAAGGAAGGAGGCAGUGGAAGUAGAGGAUGACGAUGAUGAAGAGGAAGAAGACGAGAGGCUGCGCCAGGAAGAGGAUCAAAGGGCGGAGCAAAGGGCAAAGAAAAGAGGAGCCAGGGAAGAAGCCGAGCCGGUCCUGCGUGAUGGACCGCCCAAGAAAAAGAAGUAUGCGGUUCGGCUGGAGGAGGGGUUCGACGUAGAAAAAGUAAUUUAUAGGUUGUUGGAAGGCCAUAACGACCUCAUGACCCUGAAGGAGAUUUUUGCGUCAGCCCCCAAGCUCCGCGAUGGCCUGAAGGGGAGAUUGUCGAGGCGUUUGGUGCCUAACGUCCAUCUGGGUACGAUCCUGCCAAAAGAGGCGGAGUGGAUAAAGUCAGGGACAAAGAUGGAUUGGAAGUGUGUGGCCUGUGGCACGGUAGACUUGGUGGUGAAAGGCUUCAGAAGUACAACAAUGGUGGACACAGGAGCCGAGACGAAUAUUAUUCGGGAAGAUGACGAAAUCAGGUUCGGGUUGGAUAUAGACCGAUCUGAUUGCGGUAUUCUGCAUGGGGCCAACUGCAAAGCCGUGUCUUGUGGGACAGCCUCGAAUGUGCUCAUCGAGGUUGGAAAAGUGAAGGCCAGGGUAUGCUUCUUCAUUAUGCCGGACGUGGAUCAUGGGAUCCUCUUGGGAAGGUCACUCUUGAGCAGGACAGAGACAGUGAUUUUCAACAAGCAUGAUGGGACUCUGAGCCUCGUCCUGUGUGGCCCUGCCUGCGGGAACUAUGAGGUAAUUACCUGCAGAAAUACAGGGCCAAGGAGCAUAAGGAACCGACCCAAUCCGGGAUCUUUUACGAUUGAGGAGUCGGAGGGUGAGCGUCGGAGGCUCCUAGCAGAGCCGGAAGAGGAGGAGAGAAUCAAGGCAUUCUCCCUCAGCUUGUCAGAUGUGAGUAAGGUCAUGGAUAUAGUGGCCGCGCAUGAGAUGGCAGAUCCGGAUGCCAUCCAGGCAUUGAGGGAGCAGGUCCAGGAGAGUCCCGAGGUUGGGAGGUUGGAAUUGGUGUAUCGACUUCCAGAUGGCAGGAGGAACCCGGCGGCAGUACACGCACAAGCAGACGACGAGUUUGAGGAAGGGGAGAUCAAAAAAGUUUUCCGUGCAGAGGAGUAUGAGGGAAUCUAUCUAGAACUGAGGCUUCUUCUAUCAUGUGAAAUGCGGCUUAGAGAUGCGAGCGAUAGGGCUCAAAGGAUGAUGCAGCGCUACUUGGUGAGGGAUGGUCAUCUGUUCGUAAGAAGAGAAGUGGGAAAUCCUAGGAGAGUCGUCUGUGGUAGGAACUGUCAGAUUGACGUUAUGGCAGCACUUCAUGAUGGCAUUGCAGGAGGGCAUCGAGGGGUAAAUGCCACAUACACCAAAAUAAGUGAGCUAUAUUACUGGGAUGGGAUGAUGGACAUGAUUGGGAAGUUCUGUCGGUCUUGCGUGCCCUGUCAGGAGAGAUCUCAUCUAAGGUCAGGAGAGUCGUUGCAUCCAAGGUUGGAACGAGAAGUAGGGGUCGUGGUGCAUCUCGACUUACUUUUUAUGCCGCUUGGGGAUCAAGGCUACAACUACAUCUUCGAUGUACGUGAUAACCUUUCUGGCUUUGUAGAUGGACGUGCUAUUCGUACAAAGACUGGGCCAGUCUUGAUUAGCUGCAUAGAGAAGUACUAUUUGCGCUAUCCUUUUGUCAGAGAGUUCGUAAUGGACAGGGGGUCGGAGUUCACCUGCCAGGAGGUGCAAGAGUUGUUAUCAAGGUCUGACUUUACGAAGACAGUCAUGCCAAGAGGAGGGAGGGGGACACGGUCGCCACGGAGGCCGUUGGGAGCAUCAGGAGGAUAUGAGCAGCAUGGGUCUCGCCACCGGGAGAGCACGACGGUAUAUGAUGAUGGGGACAUCGAGCUGUUCUUGGAUAGUUUCUGGGGGUAUGCUGAGAGCAUGGGCUGGAUCACGAUGCAGGCGAUCGAGAGAUUGAGAGGAGCCGACAGGUUCGCGGAGCCCAUUGCCCAGAUUCGGAGGGAGGCGAGAACGAGAUCGGAAGUGGAGAUGCGGAUGCAGGAGCUACGACCCUCGCCUGUGGGACCCGAUGGCAGGCCGAUUCGCCUGGAGAUCGGGAAUGCGAAGGAGUUUAUCCCCGCCUUCGACUGGUUCAUGCAGGGGCAGGAGGCACUUCCGGAACAGCAGCCCAGUGCGCCACCCAGGGCCCCCGAAAUUCCGGAGAUGUGGAGGGACUUUUGGGAGCAAAGAGGAAAGGAGCUUCCUUCGCCAACAAGAGCUGGGUUUGGGGUAGCAAGGAAAGCAGAAGAGAGGCUGGAUCGCAAAAUCAAGUUCCAGGCAAAGACAACUUUUGACCGGUACUUGUUAUUGGAGAGCGAUCUGGCAGGGAAGAAGACAAAGGAAGAGGGUCAUGGGCUACGCCUGGAAACAAUGGAGGUAGAGAUCCAGGAGCUCAGGGCUUUGGUAAAUAGUCAAGCUGCCAUUAUCGAGGACUUGAGGCAGCAGCUUCAAGAGCGAGUAAACAAAGCAAAGAGCAGCCGACAAGAAGAUCAGAGGCAGUCGGGACAUGGGUUGCCGGGACAACCAUCUGCAGCGGGGUCUCGCCAGGAGUCACCCAUGGGGAGAGUUAUCCUAGAACCAUUGGAGGCGAAGGCCAAGAGGGAGGCAGAGAGAGAGGCCUUCGAGUUCAGAGCCCCUACUAAACUCGCGACGCUACCUAUAGUAGCGGUGGGCCCCGUCAUGCCAUUGGCAGUUGAGGAGGGGCAGCCACCAUCCAGCAGUGAGUCAACUCAGGGCUCAGCGGAGGGAUCCAUGGACGCGUUCCUUGAGGCAGUGCACACUAUGCAAGAAGAGGCGAGUUUGUUUUCGCCUGAACAAAGGAUAGAGGAGCCUCAUGUGAGAGAAAUGGGGAUUGAGACGGAGGAUGUCAUUGAGGGCGGGCCCCAGAGAUUGGAUACGCCUAAGUAUGGUCCAGAGGGGAUUGGGAUUCGAUCAGGACCAAGUACCCAGGAGCUGGGGGCAGGACCAGAGUAGUCGUUGGAUAUGGCUCGAAGUCAUGAGCUGAGCAGAA